AUGCACAAUAUAGAAAUGAAGUACGAUUUGUCACGCAGUUUGCGUUAUACUAAAUGCAGAACUGAGUGGAGACUGGGUUUGAAAGUUAAAGAUGGUGCCGAACAGAUUUAACCUCUGUGCCUUGGCAAGGCUGUUAAUGGUGCUUUUGUAUUCCGAUAGACAAAUUUCUGCCAAUGAUAGUCAACAAUCUCAGCAUUUACCGCGAAAUGUGACUAAUAUUGUUUUGAUUGGCGCCACUGGGGACCUCGCAAAAAGAUAUUUAUGGCAAGGUUUUUUCUCGCUCUUCAUAAAAGAAUCGAAUGAGAGGAGUACUGUCAGAGUCUACCCUACGGCGCGUGAAAGUGUCGAGUCUGGCCAGAAAAAGAUUGAUGAUAUCUUAAAAGCGUCUUUAAAGUGUUCUGAAAGCAAAACGUUAAACUGGUGCUUAGAGAAGAAGAAAGUUUUUGUGGAUCAAAGUGUAAAGGAAUACCAUCGACUAAAAAAUGACCAAGAUUUCAUAUCUCUGUGUCAGAUUAUGGGCGAUGAUAUAGCGGCAGGCGAAAGAGAGAGGGGCCUCAUUUUCUACUUGUCUGUGCCUCCAUUUGCGUACCCACAGAUAGCGAAAAGGAUUGAUUCCUUCUGUCGUCGUGCUGAAGAUAAACAUGGCUGGAUUCGCAUAGUCCUUGAGAAGCCUUUUGGUUCAGACCUGGCCUCUGCGCAGGAGUUAGCUCGAAGCUUGUCGAAUUAUUUCGACGAGAAGGAAAUUUACCGAAUUGAUCAUUACCUUGGCAAAACAGGAGUUGCUCAGAUCUUAGAGUUUCGGUAUAGCAAUCGUAACUUAUACAAAGAUUUGUGGAACAGUGAUCACAUCGAAAGAGUAGAGAUUGUUUUGAAAGAGAAGAAUGACUGUGAAGGGAGGACUAGCUUUUACGACCACUAUGGUGUUAUCCGAGAUGUUAUGCAAAAUCACAUGACAGAGCUUCUUACUCUGGUUGCCAUGGAGUUACCAGACAGUCUGAAUGACAGAAUAAGCAUCAUGCAAAAUAAAGUGAGGCUGCUAAAGGAGAUCAAAGCUAUGGAUAGAUGGAGUGGUGUUAUUGGUCAGUAUAAAGAUUACAACAUGCACUAUGGCCAGGAAAAUAAAAAAGAUGACAAUUCAAAUACCCCAACUUUUGCUGCUGUGUCCAUGUUUAUCAACAAUGCUCGCUGGGAUGGUGUGCCUUUUAUUUUGGUUUCUGGAAAGCAGCUUGAUGAGCGCACAGCUUAUGUGCGUAUAGUUUUUAAAGACAAUGUACAUAAAGUUCAAUCUGGAGCAUCAUAUGAUAAUAACUGUGAUAUCAGGCAGUUAGUGUUUAACAUUCAAGGUGAGAAACUCACAAAACCAGGUAUACUUCUUUCAGGUUUUCUUCCAAAGCCAAAGUCUUUUAAUCCAUUAUCAUCAGUAGCAAUUACAAAGGAUCAGCUGUUUGGUUGUUCAGCCAACAGUUUCAAUGCAUUUAUCUUCAACAAAUCAGCUGAUGCUUAUACAACUCUAAUUUCUGCUGUCUAUCAUGAACAGAAAAACUUAUUUGUUGGAAUGGAAGAUCUCAUAUCUUCUUGGAAAGUAUGGUCAUAUUUUCUGGACACUUUGAAAAGAGAAUUACCUCGCCAAUAUGACCAGAAAAGCUUGGAUGUGUUGAAUUUUGUUACUUCAGGAGAAAGACUUGAGUUUUCUUCAAAUAAUGAUGAUGGAAGUUGUGAUGCGAACAGAAUAUGCAAAUCCAAUGAACCACCAGCUAACUAUUACAAACAAGAAAAAUUUAGGAACAGCGAUCUGGUAACUGGAACAAAAUCCCAAGUAAUAAGAACUCUUGCCAAUAAAAUUAUUGGCCAUGCCCUCAGAGAGGUAUCUGCCAAAGGGGUCUUUCACCUGGCCUUGUCAGGUGGCACCUCUCCUGUAAUGCUCUAUGAGACCCUCGCAUUUAUAGCCAAAGAGUUCCCAUGGCAUCAUUCCCAUGUUUGGCUUGUGGAUGAACGAUGUGUCCCUCUAAAUAAUCAAGAAUCCAAUUUUUAUUUAAUUUAUAAGAAACUUUUGCAACAUGUACCAAUUUCUCCUUUCAACUUUCACCCAAUGCAUGUUAUGUUAAAAGGUGGAUUGUGUGCGCAAAGUGAUGAAGGAGCUGAAAAUUAUGAGGCUGAGCUCAGCAGGUCCCUCAGCAACAAUCAGUUAGAUUUUGUUGUUCUUGGAUUAGGUUCCGAUGGUCAUACAGCUUCUUUGUUUCCCCAUGAAUCAGCUCUAAACGAGAAGGAAAAAUUUGUUACUUUAUCUGAGAGUGGUCAAGAUUCUGCAGUGAAAAAGAGAAUGACAACGACUUUUGGCCUGCUUAACAAGGCUAAAUCUGUGGCUGUUCUUGCUCUGGGUGAUCAGAAGAAGGAUAUAGUGAAAACUAUUUCCAGUGUUAAUGUUGAUGUAUGGAAUUACCCUGUAACUGGCCUUAACCCAGAAAAUGGGGAAUUGACUUGGUUCAUUGAUAAUGUUGCUCUUGAUAGUCAUUAA